AGUUUAAUCUUCAGUUCUCUGGUCAAACUGCAACGAUGCAGACCGUUGUAAGAAUCUUUCUUUUUGCCUGUUUUUGUGUAGCAGUAAUAGUUGGCAGUGGCCGUCAGUUCAGAUGUGACUAUAAAUACAUACCAGAAGCUGGAGGAUGGUUGAAGUUCAAUGAGAUGCCCUCCAAUUUUAACGAGGCUCGACUCAGGUGUCAUAUGGAAGGAGCUGUUUUAGCGUCCCCAUUGACACCAGCUUUGAGAGACGCAAUGGCGAAUUUGGCCAAAAAUAAUGGCAACACCUGUGGCAUAUUCACGGGUAUCCACGCUGUCUUCUCGAGGGGAGAUUUUGCUUCUAUUGAAGGUGUCCCUCUCUCCAAAAUCCCUCACUCCUGGGCUAAAGAUGAACCAGACAACUUCAAGGAUGAGGAAAACUGCAUCAUCCAACUACCAGAAGGAGUGUUGGCAGAUGUAAGGUGCAAAGACACGUUCCCAUACAUGUGCUAUAAGAAGAAAGCCACACUGGUCAUGACUGCCUGUGGUACUACUGAUCCUGAAUAUAAUCUCGACUCCCGUACCAACAAGUGCUACAAGUUCCAUCGAGUACCACGCACCUGGUCCCGAGCCUACAUGACGUGUAUGGCGGAAGGUGGCCAUCUCGCCAUCAUCAACUCCGAUACUGAGGCCACCGUCAUCAGGGAACUCUUCGCGAAGAACCCAGGAGGUGUCAUGCUCGGAAGCUUCUGGAAGGAUGUAGCAUUCAUGGGUUUCCAUGACUGGACUGAGCAUGGGGACUGGAGGACUAUUCAAGGUCAAACCCUGAAGGAAGCAGGCUACGACAAGUUCUCCCCUGGAGAGCCCAACAACGCGACCACCGGUGAAUUUUGCGGUGCAGUGUACCGAUCCGCCAUGUUUGACGACCUCUGGUGCGAGAACCAAUACGCCUUCAUCUGUGAGAAGAGUCCAGACAGUCUGAUGUGUGAUGAUGAGCAUUGAAAGUUAUUAUUAAUAAAACCUUUUUAAGCACUA